AAAUCAGUUUUAUAACUUUUUCUAGAUAAUUCUUUAGAGCAGAGAAGAAGCUGCGAACAUUCUGGAUGCUGCUUCAAACCCUGGUGGCCCACCCUGGCGUUCUUCUACUCAAUCGAUUGCAACUGAUGACCAAGCCUUAGCUUUGCAUUCUGACGUGAAUUUCUCUGGAGCACCUUUGAGGGCAUGAAUGUUCAUCAAAUCAAUAUUUUUUUGUCAGAUGUUGUAUUUGUGACUGCCCUGGUAGCUGUGUAUGGAAAAUGUUGAAGCUCAGAUAAAGUGUAUGAACUGUUUGACUGAAUGCCUUAAAUAAAUGUUGUCUCAAUACAUUUUUAGCAAGUGCGAAUUGGCAGGCAUUAAGCUUAAUUUCAAAGAUCUUAGCGAACCGAAUUGAUUUAACCAGGUGAGUUUCUAGAAAAUUUCAUGCUUUAAGAUGAAAUGUUCUCUGCAAUUUCUCUCUCUAUUUUCUGAUGACCCAAAUUCGCAGUGUUGCUUGAGUUUGUUUGUUUUGACCACAAUUUUGUCCAUUGUACCUUGCAUCCAUUUGCUGACAAACAAACCUGUGAGGACAGACUAAUCCUAGUCUGCAAUAGUUCCAUGGCGGCGUGGAUAAGCGGGAAACUCAAAAUUAAAGAGGGGUCACAUCCAAAAUAUCUGACAAAAAGGGCUACUGUCGAAUCUUCCGCAGCUAUUCUGCCAAGAAUAAACUUUAAGGGCUAACUAUAUAAUAGCAUUGCAAAACCCUGUAUGUAUGCAGGGUCUUAAAAAACGAUGUAAUAACAAAGCAAAAAGGCGUAGGAACAUAGAAACUGUGAAAUAGAAAGCCGUUGUUGAACAUCCAGAAUGGACCAGGCGGACUUCAUGAGACUAAGGUUCUCCUCCUCUGUCAAGUGGACAUUAACAACACCGAGCACACGUCCUCUUUCCAGUUGCGUAGGUAGGAUAAGAAAGACCUCUUCUUCAAUUCUGUGAAAACCCUUGGCCAGAACGGAAAUCGGGUGGCUCUUUCUCUGGUUACGCAGCAAACUCCUGGCCAAAUUAGUCAUCGAGUACAUUACAGCAUCUGAAUUUUUAGGGUGAAGGUGUAUUAAAUUCAAUAUGCAAUGGUGGUUUAUUUUCAUUAGCUGGCUAUGUUUUUCAAUUUAUAAAUGCCCAAGGAGAAUGCCUCUAAGGAAUUUAGGAUUUUAAUUACUCUUUAUUGUAUUCUAUACAUUGGCUAAGCAGAUUACCACAAGAAAAUAAGACUCUUUUAUUGACAGGAACUUCACAGGUGCAGAUGUCCAUUUGUCCAUUUUUAUCCUUUUACAGAGUCUUUGAGUUUACAUGAUUCAUUUGUCAUUUUCUGAAUGCCUUUCCAGAUUUUUUAAAUAAAAUCUAUUCUGUGCAUAUACUACAAUCAUCGCAGUUUACGAGUAACAUUUCUUAGCGGCAUUCUAUCAAACAGUUCACUGUGCCCUGAGGCAGGGAGGAUGUUGGCAAAGGUUGUGCAAUUUGGCUUUACAACUACUGACAGGAGCUCGCUAGAUACCCUGCUUUGACUACAGCAACUUUUAUUCAUGAGUUUUUUAAACAUAUAACGGUGGUGGGGAUAAGGAGUCACGUGUCAUAGGACACGUGACAUACGAAGAGAAAAGAAGAACGUUUAUAAAGGAGAAGAAAGGCGCGAACGCAGGUUGUGGCAACUUUGGAAACUGAGGGAUUUACGUGACUAUUCAACUACCUCCCCACAAUACCAUACACAUACAUUUCACAAACCUAUCAUAACUCUUCUCAGGCGUCUCACUGUCACGGAUUCGAUUUAUUUUUCCUUUCUUUUCCAAAAGGCAAGUUAAAUUCUGGAUUCUUCAAUGAACAACUCUGGUCAAUGUUGGCAUUUGGGAAAAUUACGAGUCCUGACAAUUCCGAAUUGGAGUCUGGUAUUUUAGCGGACAAGAUAGUCUGAAUUUUGCAUUAGGUGUCUCUAGAUGCACUGAAGAUCAAGCUGGUCUAGCUGCAAAUAUUCGCAAAGGUAAAAGAAUCCCUCAAACUCAGGUUUGCGAGCGUUUGAAUCUACUUUAAUUUGGUGCAAUUUAAGGUUAAAUUGAAAAUGGAGGGAGAAGAGUGUGAAAUCGAGGAGCCUCUGAUGAGCAAAAUGGAAGCGGAAAGCGAGAGAAAGCUGCAAAUGGAAUCGGAGAGCGAGAUUAAGGUGCAAAUGGAAUCGGAGGGCGCCUGCGAGGUCAAAGCGGCGUCACAUUCGAGAUCUGAAAGACUUAGUGACGAAAUCGGCGUGGAAAGCCUCGAUUAUGCUCCCAUUCAGAGCUUUGUCUCGGCUAAGACCAAAAGAGUGUACACACGCAGGCAUUUGUACGGGUACUCAGGCCUGACACUUGCCAAAUGGACCAUAACAAUAUGCACUGGCCUUCUUGUUGGUUGUGUGGCGUAUAUAAUUUCUUGUAUCCAGGAGUUUAUCAUCAAUUACACGAAAAGUUGGACUCAAAAGAUGCUCUCUUCAAGUUUGGCAAUUUCUUUCUUCGGAUAUGCAAUCUUUUGCAUUGUGCUUGUUCUAAUAUCCAGUUGUUUAGUGCUAUACUGGGCUCCAGCAGCUGCUGGUGGUGGGGUAACUCUUGUUAUGGCUUACCUUAAUGGAAAUGAUAUACCUGAUCUGCUUCGUUUCAGAACUCUUAUUACAAAGAUUGUGGGCACCAUUUGCACAAUCACAUCUAGUCUACCGUUAGGUCAAGAAGGGCCCAUGGUGCACAUUGGUGCAGCAAUUGCUUCUACCUUGACAUGGAUGCAUGGUGAAUUUCCUAACCAGAAAAAGUACAAAGAUAAAAGAUCAUGCUGUCAUAAACUUCAUCCACAAGCAUGGCCCUUUGAUUUCCACAAUGACAAAGACCGUCGGGAGUUUAUAUCUGCUGGCACUGCUGCUGGACUGGCAGCUGCAUUUGGUUCUCCUGUAGGGGGGGUUCUUUAUUCAUUAGAAGAAGCCUCUAGCUUUUGGUCAAGAAAGGUUAUGUGGAGAUCACUAGUCUGCACAGCAGUAGCUACAAUGUUGCUAUCAUGGCUUCAUGAAGGGGAGUUCUCUUUUGUCCUUCCAGGGAGCUUGUCUUUCCAUGGGCUUCAGCCUGUAUUUCAUCUCCAGGAUCUACCUCUCUUUUUAAUUACUAGUGUAGCAGCUGGUAUCCUGGGAGCUUUCAUAAAUACAUCUCAUGGAUGGUUGGCUAGAGUCAGACCACCUUCGGCUCAUGCAAUCUCAAGGAUUGUUGAGGCCUGCAGUGUUACUCUAAUAUCUGCAGCUGUAAUUUUUAUAGUUCCAUAUUUUUUUGGCCAAUGUUUACCAGUCCCUGAGAUUAAAGCGGAUGAGGAAUUUUGGUUUGCUUAUACUUGUCCUGGACAAGAUUCAACGAGUGGAGUGAAUAUGUACAAUGAUCUUGCAACACUUCUUUUCUCAGUACCUCAUGAAACAAUUAAGCAUCUACUUCAACUGGGGAAUGAUGUGGAUCCUUACUUUACUGUAAGGAGCUUGGGUAUUUAUACUGUAUCAUUCUUGGCAAUCUUUAUCUUAGCCUAUGGAAUAGCUACCCCUGGAGGAAUUUUCAUGCCAUCGAUGAUGGUUGGAGCUUCUGUUGGAGCUCUUUUGGGUUGCUUGUUUCGCUUGAUAUUUCCAGGGGCCAACAUUCAACCUGGACUACAUGCUUUGAUUGGUGCAACUGCUCUUCUUGGAGGAGUUUUCCGAUCAUCAAUUUCUGUGGUUGUAAUCAUGGUUGAAGGGACAGCUAGUCUUGAUUUCAUUCUACCUGUAAUAAUGGCAGUGGUUGUGUCAAACUGGGUUGCUCAUCACAUUCAUCAGCAUGGUGCAUAUGAAGCUGACCUACAGCAGCUAGGACAUGUCCAUUUUCUUCAAAGUGAGCCCCCCCGUGAGCUAAUUCCCUUAACUGCGUUCAAUAUAAUGUCACCACAUGUUGUUGGAUUUGAAGAGAUAGUUCCAGUUACAGAUGUUCUGAAGGUUCUACGUAGCACAAGACACAAUGGAUUUCCUGUUUUCAAAAGUUCUUAUCUCCAUUCUGAUGAUGCUCAAGGGAAAAUGGCUGGCCUUAUUCUAAGGCAUCAACUAUUAUUACUGCUUGAGCAGCAUGCUUUUGUUGAAGUGGACCUGGCAGCAAUCAAAGACUCUGACAAGUGGCAAUUUCCAUAUUUUGGAAAUAUGGAUGCCAAACAGCUACAAGUUCUGGAAAGUGGAAUGCGAGCAUAUCACUUUUGUCACCAUCCUCAUCGUCGAGACUUGACCUCUCGACCUGAGGCCAUAGACGAAAUUGACUUAGUUGGCAUUCUAGAUUCACAAAUAGAAUAUUCUGAUGCAACCAUUAAAGGAGGCACUAUAGUAGACACAACAGAAAGACCAAGAAUGACUUUAGUGCUGGAUUUGAGACCGUUUAUGAACAGAGUUCCAUUAACUGUACGUGGUGAAUGCUCAGCACAGAGGGUGUAUGUAAUCUUCCGAACACUUGGUCUUCGACACCUUUGUGUGACUGACUCAAAUGGCAGGGUGGUCGGUAUGAUUACCAGAAAAGAUCUUGGCUUAGCUUCCAGAAAGUCCACUGUCUCCACUUCUAGAUGGAGUACCACUCUUUUGCGGUGGGACUCUGACCCAUCCCUAGAUGAAAGGACCUCCAGAGAUAUCUUGUAUUCAUUGCCUUGAAAUUAUUUAUUACCUAGUAUUCAUUCCACAUCCAAAACCACAGCAUGCAUCAAAUGUUUAUAUCAUAGAACCAUGCAUAUUUUAAGAGCACAACGCAUGUUUGGUUGUGUAGCAUAAAUACUGUGAUCACAAUCUAGAUUUAUAGAGAGUGAAGUGGAUCUCAUGUAUUGGCUUAUGUUUGUCAACAAGUCAGAAACACCCAAACAGUAAUUUGUUUUCAGAAAACUAUACUGUUUAGAUAAUGCAUAAUGCAUAAUUGUGCUUGUUUUUUCA